CCGACCUUGACACACGAUAGGUGCUUUUCUUUUUCAAUUUCGAGAUCCAGAGAACAGAACGCAGUAGGAGAAGAGUAAUUCUCAAAUAAAACAAGAUUUAAAAGCUUAGUUGCUGCGCUCGACCGUUUGUUAGCAGGUAUUUUGGGUCAACAUCCAAGUCGCCAACAAGACGCUCCGAAACGACAGUUGCUGCCAUGGCCACAUUUCGGCGCUUCCGCCCAGAAGAUUUGAAUAAAUUUUCAAAAUGCAACUUGGACGUUCUAGUGGAGACAUAUGAGGCGAGAUUCUAUCUUGAAUACUAUGCCAAAUGGCCGUCGCUGUUCCAAGUGUGCGAGGACACCAAUGGCAACAUCAUCGCUUACGUCAUGGGCAAAGUGGAAUCAUCACCGGACGUAUAUAAGUUAUCUGAGCACUAUCUGCCGUGGCACGCCCACAUUACAGCCUUUACAGUGGCGCCUGAAGCACGGAGAAUGGGCAUUGGCAAGAUACUAAUGGACCAGGUGGAAACUGCCUCAGACGCGAGAAAUGCUUGGUUUGUCGACUUAUUUGUACGUCGGAGUAAUACUGUCGCGAUUGCAUUUUAUAAACAUGCAGGAUACAGCGUGUUUCGAGUGGUCAAGGAUUAUUACUUUGACCAUGCUACAGAUCCUACAAAAGAAACAGAGGAUGCCUUCGACAUGCGCAAAGCCCUGAAAAGAGACACCACUUUCCAGCAUAUUAGAAAAGAUGGCGAAAACCAUGAAGUCACUCGGGACGAUGUUUGGUGAUGGCAUGCCGUGACGCUGCUGGCGGCUCACCAGUUUCAUUGCAAUUGCUAUUACAAAGACACAUUUUAAAAAUAAACCUACUCAAAUAUUAUACUCUUUAUAUUAAUGGUUCUAAGGCCGUAAAUUUAUAAGCAUCGUUUAGCCAGUACCCGGAGAAUAUCGCCUAUCGAGCUCGGGAGGAUGACAAGAACGGGUGUCCGCUCUCCCAUAGACAAAGCACAGAAAAUCGUGUGUGGUUAUAUACUAAAU